CAUUUAUUUUGUGGUAGCAUGCAUUAUUUUGAUCCACAUUUGUGUUAGAGUAAUUGUAAGACCUGAUAAGCGAUAACUUCAGCCAGCGGGAGGGAGAAUGUUCCUCUGAAUCGAAACCCCUGCUUCAACCACCCACUUCAACAAAAGGUGCAAGACAACAAAGAGCAUAAAACCCUUUAGAGUGUCAGCAGUCAAGAAUGAAUACAGGAAUGGCUUCAUUAACUCAAGUCCAUUAUAAAGUACAUACUUCUACUUUCAGAAGGGUGAAUCCUAGAAACCAAGGAUUAUUGAAAUCUGGAAAACUAUUCCAACACCCAGGAUCCGCCUUUCCUAGUACUCACAUUAACCUAUCCUGCGUACGCUGCACGAAGUUAACCCCAUGGGAGUCAUCAUCUGUCACAUAUGCUCCUACUGAUAAUCAAAGUGAUAAAUUUUUGCCUGAGAGUGCCAACAUAUUUGAAACUCUUGAAUCUAGUAAAACUGCUGAGUCAUCAACAGCAAAUGCUGAAGGGGCAGUAGAGACAAGAUCUCAGCCAGGCCUGGAGCUUCAGUUUUUCAAAUGGCCGUUGUGGCUUCUGGGCCCUUCUGUUCUCCUUGCAACUGGCAUGGUUCCAACAUUGUGGUUACCAAUAUCUUCCAUCUUUCUCGGCCCCAAUAUAGCCAGCCUGCUUUCCUUAAUUGGACUUGAUUGCUUAUUUAACCUUGGUGCAUCCCUUUUUCUCCUUAUGGCUGAUGCUUGUUCACGGCCAAAGUAUCCAACAGAAGAAUGCAAAAGCAAGGCUCCCUUCAGUUACCAGUUCUGGAACGUUGUUGCAACUCUCACUGGAUUUAUUAUCCCAUUGUUGUUGAUGUUUGGAUCUCAGAAGGGCUUUCUCCAACCUCAACUACCUUUCAUCCCGUUUGCAGUUCUACUCGGUCCCUAUCUUCUUCUUUUGUCAGUACAGUUUCUAACAGAGAUGUUGACUUGGCACUGGCAAUCACCAGUUUGGCUGGUUACCCCUGUAAUUUAUGAGUCUUACCGUGUCUUGCAACUAAUGAGGGGAUUAAAGCUUGGGGUUGAGCUCAAUGCACCGGCAUGGAUGAUGCAUACAAUUAGGGGACUGGUCUGCUGGUGGGUGCUAAUUGUCGGUCUGCAGUUGAUGAGGGUUGCUUGGUUUGCUGGCUUAACUGCGCGAGCUCGUAAGCAGCGAUUGUCUUCUGAUACUUCUAGUGCUAAUGAUGAUUAGUGAUUAAUACUAGUGUAAGUUUAUUCAGAAAGAUACAAAUUAUAAAUUAAGUAGAAGUGGUUUAAGUUUAGUUACGGGUGUUUUCUAUCCCACCCAUAUACCAUAAUGAUAUUGCUACACAUAAAUUAGAUAUAUGCACAAGUAAAUUUGUAUAUAUAUACUUUAUCACUGUAUUGCAUGCCGUAUCAUUGGUUGUU